AGCCCAUCACCUUAUUCUAUAGGCGUGUGGGCGGUACUUCCUGUACAGGACUGCAAGUAGCAGUCCAAUAUGGCGGUUGUGUUGCUCGCUUGAGAGUGUAGUCGAAACCGCGGAUAAGUUAAGAGAGUUAAAGUCUAUUUCAGUGGCAGAUCUUAGAUUAAAAGAGAUUAGUGUGGACUACAGGUAUCAGAAUUUGGAAAUGAAAGGGAAAGAGCGGUCACCGGUGAAAAAACGCUCCCGCGCGCCAGAUGAAAGUAGAGACCGAGGAGGAAGCCACCCGGGCAGCAAGAAGAUCGGAGCCCUGUCAACUGCUGCCGGCAACAACGGCAACGUCUCUGCUCAUAGCGGCGCUUCAUCCAGGAGAAGUGUACACAGUGAGAAAAGAGACAUGAGGGAUUUAGACGGACAUAAUUCAUCCAGUCGGACUAGCAGCGGCUACGACUACGGGAUUGUUCCGGGAAACAAGCCAUAUAGCGGCGCUGACGUCGACGCGGAAACAUCCAGGUCCGGUUCACGCAGCGACCUGCGGCCUCCGUCAACCCCAGAAAAUGAGUACAAGACUCUCAAAAUAAGUGAACUGGGCAACCAGUUGAACGACGAGGAGAUAGAAGAUGGACUGUUUCACGAGUUUAAGAGGUUUGGUGACGUGAGUGUUAAAAUUAGCCGAGAAAACGACGAGAGGGUGGCGUAUGUAAACUUUAGGAGGCCUGAAGACGCCCGUUCGGCUAAACACGCCCGCGGGAAGCUGGUGUUGUACGACCGGCCUCUGAAAAUAGAGACAGUUUACACGAACAGACGCAGAAGCCGCUCCCCUGUUUCAAAGGACAAUUUCUCCCCGGGACACAGGCAUCUCCACUCUCAGAGACCUCUGUCUCCCACUGGCUUGGGGUACAGAGGCUACCGGUUACAGCAGCUGGCUCUGGGCCGUCUCCCCCCUCCUCCAGCAACACCUCACAUAAGAGAUCUGGAAAGAGACAGAGAUUUUUCUGUGUAUGAUGCCAGGAAUAGACCCCCGUUCGUCCCUGAUUGUGCUGUUUUCCGUGAUGAGGACCUAAUGACCCCUGAGGAUGACCAGAGGGCAAACAGGACUCUGUUUCUGGGCAAUCUGGACGUCAGUGUGACAGAGAGUGACCUGAGGAGGGCGUUUGACAGGUUUGGGGUGAUAACAGAGGUGGACAUAAAGCGGGCAGUGAGAGGCCAGAACAACAACUAUGGAUUCAUCAAGUUUGAGAAUCUUGACAUGGCUCACCGUGCCAAAGUAGCAAUGUCAGGGAAAGUAGUGGGCCACAACACAGUUAAAAUUGGCUAUGGUAAACCCACACCCUCGACCAGGCUGUGGGUGGGGGGCCUUGGACCCUGGGUUCCACUUGCUGCACUAGCCAAGGAGUUUGACCGCUUUGGCACCAUCAGGACUAUAGACUACAGGAAAGGUGAGGUGUGGGCUUACAUCCAGUAUGAAAGUUUGGAUGCUGCUCAGGCUGCAUGUACUCAUAUGAGAGGCUUCCCUCUCGGUGGCCCUGACAGAAGACUCCGGGUGGACUUUGCGGAGACAGAUCAUCGCUACCAGCAGCAACAGCAGCAGUAUGUGCAGCUCCCCCUCCCCCUGCCACACUAUGACUUUGUUCCUGAACCCUUUGCCCACCGCCUUACAGACUCAGUGAGAAUGAGGGAGAGAUCUCCUCCACUUCUUUCUCGCUUCAGAGACAGGGAUCUGUACUCCAAUGCUGAAUGGUCAGGCAUGGCUGUCCAUGACAGGAUGCGAGGAGCAGGCUUUGAUCCCAUAGAUCGCCUGGACAGACGUUCCCAUGAGACCUGGUCAAUAGAGCGUGAGCGUGAGCUACAGGGCAGAGAUCUAAGCCGCAAAAGGAGACAUUUAGAUGAUGGCGGCCGGCUGGAUCAUUCACCUGACAACACUGACUUUGUCCUGCGACGUCAUGGCAGCUCAUUAGAGCGCAGCCCUGGUGAUGGGGGACGCUGCAGUGACCCUGAACGCCUACCUCGCUCUGGCAGAACCUCCCCGGUUAGAGAGCGCCAGAACACUGGCUUUGGAGACAAGAGAAGAAAAACACUUAGCCCUGCUGCGCCAGACUCUGAGAAGGACCGCAAACGCAAAACCAGUGACCCAUCUAAGAGCCCAGCGAGAAAGGAGGAUCGUUUAGAACCUCUUUCCUCCUCCUUCAAGUCUGGCCAGCAGUCUAAGCCGGCAGCUGGAGGACAGAAGCUGAGUCAGGUCUGGCAGGGCGUCCUCCUGCUGAAGAAUAGCAGCUUUCCUACAUCACUGCACCUUCUGGAAGGGGACAUGGCAGUGGCUACCGGUCUGCUGUUGCAGGGCUCUGCAGGGGGUCAAGCGUCCCAGUUGAAGAUCAGCCAGCGCCUGCGCCUGGAACAGCCCAAGCUGGAUGAAGUUUCUCGUCGCAUCAAGGCCGCUGGCUCCAGCGGAUACGCCAUCCUCCUGGCCGUGCCCGGGAAAUCUGAAGAUGGAGGGAUCCAGGACGCCAGCAGCUCUGCUGAGAGACCACUGAAGAACCUGGUGUCCUACCUGAAGCAGAAGGAGGCAGCCGGCAUCAUCAGCCUCUCUGUCGGGGGCAGCCGUGACAAGGAUCACGUAGGAGUCCUCCACGCUUUCCCCCCAUGUGAGUUCUCACAACAGUUUGUGGAUGCUUCUGCCAAAGCCUUUGCCAAAUCAGAAGACGACUACAUGGUGAUGAUUAUUAUCAGAGGAGCAUCAUAAAAAGAAAAAAAUUUGAAUGUUUCUUUUCUCACUCACAAACUGUUAAACUGUGUGUUGCAAACACAGGGAGAAGUAAUGAUAGCAAAACAGAAUAACAAAACGAUUGUGAUUUGAUUUUAAGUUUAUAGAAAUGAAAGUCACAUUGAAUUGAAUACAUGUUGCUAAAUUGAUUAAUAAUAAUACAGGUGACACACUGCUUUCUGCUAUUUAGUUGUCAGAUAAAUGUUAAUGACUUAAAGGGUACUCUGCUUAAAGUAGCCUAAUUCAGAGCAAGCUACAGUUCUGUGAAUCAAUACUAUAUGUUGCCAUAUCGCAUUUAUAAAUAACACAAUUCCUUUAUAUCAUUUCAUACAAUGACUGCAUAUCACAAAAAGAGUUUAAGAUCCAAAUCAGAAUAUUUUGCUUUCAUUUGAUCUGUACUUGGCAUAUAUUUAACUGGCCAGUGUCAACUCCUUUUGUAGUGCUAUAAUGUUUGUACAGCCAGCCUAUGAAAGAAUCUCAUGUACAUAUGAUUUAGGAAAUAUAUCUAUUUGCUCUAAAGCUUUACCCAUUGCUCAAUAAUAGGCAUAUUCCAGAUGUGCAUCUGUAUUACUUUUUGCUGACCAAGUAAACAUUUUGAUUGAAAGUUUCUUUAUAACAAUUUUUCUAUUUUUGUCAGCUUUGGCCAGUCCUGCUUAAAGCUAAAGAAUAUUGUGGAAAUAAAUUGUGUUACAGGGCACUUAAGGACAUAUAGGGUUAUAGUACAAUAUAUAACAUAAAUAGCCACAUCUGGAGGUUUAUGUGACAUUACAAAGUGAAAUGAAUACAGUUUUUCCUGCCUGUUUUUCACAAUUUUCUCUGCGAACUGGUAGAUGCAUGUAGGGAUGGACAAAAGCAGCAUUCACCUCUACAUUAUAAUCCAGUUCAAUACAAUAUCUGUGCAAAGAACACUGCCUUUUAUAAAGCUAACUCUGUUCAGGGUUUGUUUAAAUGAUGUUAGAAAAGCAGCUUUUAAGCUCUAUUUCUCCUCUCAAAGGAUUGUAUUGAACUGCAUUAUGUUAUAGGCUAAUGUUUACGGCUGGAAACUAAUUCUUACUUUCAUGAUUAAUUAUGUGGUCUAUAAAACAUCAGAAAUGAUGUUUUUAAUGUCUUUAAAAAGCUGUGUAUAGUCCUACCAACAGUCCAAAACCAAAAUAUAUAAUUGAUUAACCAAUUAUCUCAAUUGUUGCAGAUUCAUAAUCAAUUGUUUUAUACAAUACCAUUCAAACUUUAGACUGGUACUGUGAUUUCAGCUCUAAAUAUUAUUACCAUGGAGUGUCUCAACAAAACUCAAAGCUGUUCAGAGGAAUUAUAAGUCUGUUGUUUUGACUGCCAUUAUAUUAUACAAAGCUGCUUUUGUGCCCACCCCUUUUAUAUUGUACUUUUACUGGCAUCAUAUCAAACGGUAAUUGAUUGAUUUAAAAUAGUCACAUUAUGUUAUUAUAUUUUAUGUUUAUGUUCUAAGCCACUAAUCACAAAAGAUGAUGUGACCUAUAAAUUAAGAGCUCUAUGUAUGCCAUGCACAAUGACUAUAAAAUAUUGCUAUACUAUCAGUGGACUUCUGAAUGAAAGAGGAGAGAAGACCGAGCUCCAGUGGCCUUACACGCCUUCCUCUGAAGGGACUGUUUAAUUGAUUUUCAUGCUUUGGUUUGAGUACUGUGUUUCAAAUGGGAAAAAAAAGAAAUAAUUUGUGCUGUGUACUCAGGAUUUCUGGAGAGAGAAAUGGAAUACACCAGUACACAUGGGCCUAAGAAGUAUACCUAACUGUCAAAGUGCAACAUGCACUUGAUAGAUUUUGUCUCAAUAAAUUUACUCUUUCGUGGGAAACACAA